AUGCCCGCCACCUGCAAACUUUGUACUGUUUUCCACCUAUUUCUGCUUUUCUUCCUGGAUCCCGGCCUUCACUUCUGUCCACGAUUUUCCUGUAUAGAAAUGCUCUUUGUGCAGACAGUCAAUGAAACCAUGGUGAGAGAGUUUGUGUUCCUGGCCUUCUCCUCUCUGGCCAGCCUCCAGAGGCUGCUUUUUGUCAUCUUCCUGCUCAUCUACCUGUUCACUCUGGGCACCAAUGCCAUCAUCAUCGCCACUAUUGUGCUGGACGGAGCCCUGCACACCCCCAUGUACUUCUUCCUGUCUGUCCUCUCCUGCUCUGAGACUUGCUACACAUUUGUGAUUGUGCCCAAGAUGCUGGUUGACUUAUUGGCCGAGAAGAAGACCAUCUCCUUCUUGGGCUGUGCCAUCCAGAUGUUCACCUUCCUCUUUCUCGGCUGCUCUCACUCCUUCCUGCUGGCAGCCAUGGGUUAUGAUCGCUACGUGGCCAUCUGCAACCCCCUGCGCUACACGGCGCUCAUGGGAGGUGGGGUAUGUGUGGCAUUAGUGGCUGCUGCCUGUGCCUGUGGCUUCAUGGUGGCACAAAUCAUCACAUCUUUGGUGUUUGACCUGCCUUUCCACUCCUCCAACCUGCUCCAUCACUUCUUCUGUGACAUCUCCCCUGUCCUGAAACUAGCAACUCACCACUCCCACCUCAGUCAGUUGGUCAUAUUCAUGCUUGGUGUGUUUGUCUUAAUAAUCCCACUGUUACUUAUCCUGAUCUCCUAUGUCCGCAUCAUCUCUGCCAUUCUAAAAAUCCCAUCCUCCGUUGGAAGAUACAAGGCUUUCUCCACCUGUGCUUCCCAUCUCAUUGUGGUCACUGUUCAUUAUGGCUGUGCCUCUUUCAUCUACUUGAGGCCCAAGACCAAUUAUUCUUCAAGCCAAGACACUCUAAUAUCUGUGUCAUACACCAUUCUCACUCCAUUAUUCAACCCAAUGAUUUACAGUCUCAGGAAUAAAGAAUUCAAGUCAGCCCUUCAAAAAACAAUGCGACAGGCUUCAUGUCCUAUUAAUUAA